UACUGUAGCAAUAAUUAAAUUAUAUACAAUAAUAAUAUAAAUAGUUAGAAGAAAUGGGGAAAAACGAUUUUUUAACACCAAAAGCAAUAGCAAACAAAAUCAAAGCAAAAGGGUUACAAAAGCUUAGAUGGUAUUGUCAAAUGUGUCAAAAACAAUGUAGAGAUGAAAAUGGAUUCAAGUGUCAUUGUAUGAGUGAAAGUCACCAAAGACAGAUGGAGGUUUUCGGCCAAAACCCGAAUAGGAUAGUCGAGGGAUAUACCGAGGAGUUCGAGAGCAUGUUUUUGGAACAUAUGAAGAGGAGUCAUAGGUUUAGUCGAGUAGCCGCGACUGUUGUUUAUAAUGAGUAUAUUAAUGAUAGACAUCAUGUGCAUAUGAAUUCGACGCAGUGGGCUACGUUGACUGAGUUUGUUAAGUAUUUGGGGAAGACGGGGAAGUGUAAGGUUGAGGAGACGCCGAAAGGGUGGUUUAUGACUUAUAUUGAUAGGGAUUCGGAGACCCUUUUUAAGGAAAAGAUGAAAAGUAAGCGGGCCAAAGCGGAUAUUGUUGAUGAAGAGAAACAAGAGAGGGAGAUUAGGAGGCAGAUUGAACGUGCUGAGCAAGGGAAUGGGGGUGUAGGGGAUGUGGGUUUGCAGAGUGACGAAGCGAGGUUGUUGGUGAGAGAUGAGAAUGCGAGUGAGAAGAGAGUUAAGUUGAGUAUCGGUGAGAAGAAGAGUGUUGGGAAAGAGAAGGGUGAAGGGGGUUCGAGAUUUGUAUUUGAGGAAGUGGAUGAUGUGCAGAAGAAGGUGAAGGAUAAGAAGGGGAAGACGGGUGGUGGGUCGGCAUUGGAUGAGUUGAUAAGGGAAGAAGAGAAGGCGAAAGAGAGGAGUAACCGGAAAGAUUAUUGGUUAUUUGAAGGGAUCGUUGUGAAGGUGAUGAGUAAAGAUUUGGCAGAGAAAGGGUAUUAUAAGCAGAAGGGUGUUGUUCGAAAGGUGAUUGAUAAGUAUGUCGGGGAGAUUGAGAUGGUUGAGAGUAAGCAUAAGCUGAGGGUGGAUCAAGAAGAGCUUGAGACAGUUAUUCCGCAAAUUGGUGGGGUUGUGAAGAUCGUGAACGGUGCGUACCGUGGGUCGGAUGCGAGGUUGGUGUCUGUAAAUACAGAGAAAUUUUGUGCCAAAGUGCAGAUUGAGAAGGGUAUUUACGAUGGGAGAGUUAUCCAGGUGAUUGAAUAUGAAGAUAUAUGCAAACUUGCUCAGUGAAAGUAUUGUCUCUAGCAGGAGUUGCAGAUGAUUUAGAUAGAGACGUAUGACUGACAAUAUAAGUUAAAAGAUGAAGAAUUUUGUUCAAACAAAGACUCUGAAGAUGGAGAGAUGUUCAAAAAAAGAGGAGAUCCUAUGCAGGUGCCAUCCUCUUUCCGGUAGGGGUACCGACAACAGUAUUGUCAUUUAUAAUUUCCCAGUUGUUGCACUUGUCACUCACUACAAAAUAGUAACUUCUUUCCUAUUAAUGUGAGUAACUGUAAACUCUAUGUUAGUGAAAAGGAGCACGAGACUGUUAUCUAGGUUUCAUUUCACAUAGACGAUUGUAGCUUUGAGUUUUGAUUUCUACGGAGUUGUUGCGUCUUAUUCAUCCAGGGAAAUGAACCUAGUUUUUGUAUUCCAUACCAAUUGUCAGAUGUUAAUACUUAUGAUUUAAACAUUAAGGAGUAGUCGCCUAGUUGGUUA